ACGUGGAAAGAUGGUAUAAUACGCUAUCACACCGCAUGCGAUUUUGUGAAAUACACGUCGGCCCACGGCCACGGUUCGAAUUCACUUGAGAGAGAGAGUAGAUUGAAAUUUCCAGAACAUUAGAGCAGAUCAUGAGAUCAGGGAGGUAGUUUUUGCUUUUCUUUCAAUUCUCAUUCCGUUAAUUACCAGGCAAGCUUCAAAUUCGUAUUUUCGUCUCGGAAAAUUUCUGCUUGGUUGCGGUGAGAUCGAAUUGACAUGGGCUUCUUGAUAAUUAGCUUAAUUUUCACUAUGGCCGGCGUGAUUGCAUCCCUCGCGGCCAGAAUUUGUUGCAACAAAGGACCUUCUGCCAAUCUGUUUCAUCUGACAUUAGUUAUUACAGCAACAAUUUGCUGUUGGAUGAUGUGGGCAAUUGUAUAUCUUGCUCAAUUGAAACCGCUAAUUGUUCCAAUUCUUAGUGAAGGAGAAUGAAAUGUUCCUCCAAGGAGAUAUAAUGCGCUCCUAGCAGAUAGACUUUGUAUAAUGAACGGGUGAUGGAAUGUGAUUGAGCAUGCCCCUCGUAUUUAGAUGGUAUUAUUGGAACAAAAAUUGGUUUAUCCUAAAGAACAUUGAAUUGGCUUCAUUUUUGGUUUGAGCUAUCUACAUGACAUUUCUCACUUGUUCCAGAAGUGCAAGUUUAAUCACGCUCAGUAAUAAUGUGAGCUUACAUAGUUUCAAAUUUCAAUCAAAUAAUUGAUGGGAAAUAGGCGAUGAUGCUUUGACUACUGAUUUGCUCUGUUACCUUUGCUGCAGAAUUGUUGAUGAGUGUAACAUUCCUCAUACAAUGUUGCCAAGAAACCAUAUUUUGUCGUAGUUGGUCUACUUGUCUUUUUAA